CUCUACAAGGAAGUAGGGAGCUGAUUUUAUGAGCUCUCAUAGUAGCAAACCCGUAUUUCUUCCCACUUUUUCCUUCCGUCCUUUGCAUGGUUUUUCGUUCGAGCCUUUCCUUGUCUUCUUCUUCUUCUUCUUUAUCUUUGGUCACGUUUUUUUUUUUCUAAGUAAGAAAACGCGGAAGAAAAGUGUAAAGGAUGAAAGUACAUGGAGUAAAACAGACGUGUGAGGAGGCAUCUUUUUCAAGCCUCGCGAUGGCGUUGCGUAAUGUACAAAGCAUAUUCGGUGUCAUACGCAGCAGGUGUGACCUCUGGGGCGUUUUGUACGCUUUCUCCUUGAAUCUUCUACGCUCCCCCUCGAGCUGCCGCCUUCCUGGGUGUGUCAAAGGGUUUUCAAAGCUCUUUUCCCUUCCAGAUCGCCGCGAGCAGCCUUCAAGGUCCUCGCGAGGAAACCUCAACUCUUCUCCGGUAGGGAUCUAGGGAGUGAAGGAUGGAGAUCCUGACACUGGCGGGCGGGCGGUCCCUGCACGAGGAGGCGCCUAUGGACCUUGAGCACGAGCACGAGCCGCCUACGACACCACCCGCUGCCCAUCAUGCUAAGUCACCGCGCCCCUUGGACGAGCCUCGGGGCGGAGCGAAGCCCGAAGUACUUCAUCGAGCCUCUGCCGAAGCUCCCUCAGGAGUCCGUCGCCGCCAGGUCACCGCCCUCGUCCUCCUCGACGAGUCACUGCAUCCCGAUCCCGAAGAAGAGGCACUGCCUGGCCCGCGCGUCGCCCCCGCCCCCGACCGCCGCCUCGCCCGCCGCGCACAGGUUCUCGCCGCCCACGCUCGCCCACUACAGUUCGCUCCCGAGCUCGCCGGAGGUCGCGCGCAAGAGAGCCAGACUCGAGUCGCCCGAGCCGUCGGACGCACGACGCGACGCGAGGCCCUUCCGUCGCGAGGAGGUCGCCGCCGGAGUCAUCAGCAGCAGCAGCGGCGGCGGGAUGCGGGGCGCGGGGGCGGGGCCGGCCAGGAGUCAUGGUGACGUAGGAGCGACCGGCGAAGGCAUAAGUCAGUCCGCCAUGUGGCCGCAGCAGAGCCGCCAGCUCCCGGCGGACGUCGGCGGAGGCUCCCCGACGGGCGGGAGUCCCCCGGGCGAGGAGAGGCUGGAGGAGCCCAACCAGGUCCUGCUCAGCACCCUCAUGCAGCUCCAGAACGCCCAGUUCUCCUCGGGCCUCGCGCACCCCCCCGCGCCGGCCCUGAAGGACACGGACGCCCUCCUGUCGGCCAUCCACCAGUCGCAGAUGCUCUACUACUCCUACUGCUCCCAGCUCAUACAGACCCUCAGGAGCAAGCAGGCGCAGCAGGAGCAGCAGCAGCAGAAGAAGCGGCACGAGGCGCAGACGCGCCUGGACCACGAAGCCGCUGCGCUCAAGAGACAGUCGUCGACGUCGUCCUCGUCCCACGAUGACUUCCAGACCCACGUGGAGGACUGCGAGGACGCAGACGAAGGCGACGAGUACCUGGAUGUCACCGACGAAGACCACGUCGAAGACAUCAACUCCAUCCUCCGCACGAGACUCAAUACGCAGGAAGCGCUGACGCCGUUCGACCGCCAGUCCUCGUGCGCGGGAUCCCCCAGCAGCGCCCUGCCCUCCAGCACGACCGGCUUCGACGACCCGGAGGACCUUUCUCCCUCCGACGGCGCAGGAGGCGCCCGGAAGCGCGCCCCUCGCGCCCUCACCGGCAAGCACGUCCGGCCGGGCACCGGGGCGUCGGCCACCACCCUCCUCACCCUCCGGCAGAAGCUGGAGGAGCGGCAGAAGUUCCGCGAGGUGCACGGCGCCGCCCCGACGCCCCAGCCGCCGCCCCGGAGCAAGGCGCGCCCCAAGAAGAAGUGAGGCGGCGGCGGGGAGGCGCUGUUGCCGCGGCAGAUGUUGGGCGCGACCUUGCGGGCCGGGAAGGCUUCGAGGGGCGUGUCGGUGCUCAAGGGUUUUUUGCCAAAGACGACGAGGGAAGCGCGCAAGGGGGACAUUGGCCGUGAUUAUGGACGCAGAAUAAGUGGAAGGGAAAGAGGAACUCAUAGCGUAGACGACUGGAAAAAAAUACUAUCGGAAAAAUAUAUAUAUCUAUCAGUUGCCUUUCACUUCCCAAUAUGCAAGAGCUUGUGAUAUUGCAAAACAAAUGCCUUCAAUUCUUGUCAAGUUGGGUCUCCUGUGGGCAUCCCUGACUUUUCCCUGUUCAAGCAUGGAAUGCAUACUGGACUGUAACUUGCAAGAAAAUACCCAGUCUACAGGAAGAACGGUAUGCAGGCAGCCACAUCGAUUACUGCAGUGUUAUAAGCCAACAAAUGGUUUGAUAACAACCAAUGGUGACUCAGCAGUGUUAUUUCAGUUAACACCGCGGGAUAAAACCACAGUGAUACAAAAAUAGUGGCUUUUUAAGACCAAAGAGAAAGAGAAGGUUACAUCAUCCUACUUAGCGUACUCGUGUUUAUAAUUUCAGUGUCGAAAAGUAGUAGAUAACAUAACGAUUAAUUGGAUAAGUUGCGAUAUAAGAAAGAUAUUCUUCCCGCCUUGAGAUGGCGAUUCGAGGAGGAAGAAGUUGCCAGAUCGUAAUUAAUGAUCCGAUUAAAAACGUGUACUGCAACUUCGAAUAUUUCUGUUCUCGGAAUUUCCUUGUUCCAAAAAAAGAAAAAAUGUUUUUGUAUUCUUAUUGUAGCAUUUACAAAAAAAGGAUUUCAGUAGAAAAAAGACGACUACCUCUCUGGUUUUAGAAACAGCCUGAUGUGGAAUUCCAUUCAAAGUUGGAAUGUUUUGGUGUUGAGAAAAUUGCAUUGCUAAAUAAAAACUCAUUUCGAAAUCAUGUAAAGGUUUCUUGCACCGAGUUCUUGCACUAAAAACGAGGCUACAGCAAAACAUAUCAUUUAGAUUUAAGUUUGAUUUCUUUGGACUAUAAUAACUGAAAAAAAAUAUAUAUAUAACGAAGGAAAUCAUUACAUUCCAGAAUUCAUUGUCAUUCCUAGUAGAUUUAUGAAUAUUUUUACCGACGUAUUUUUAUCCGAAAGAAAGUGAAGAUGAAAGGAAAGUUAUGAUGACCAGUGAGGAAAAGAAGUAUUUAUCCUUCUCUGAAGAAGAAAUAACAACAAAAAGGAAAUAGAAAAAAAAGUAAAGAUUAAUGGUCAUUGGCAACCGUGCUUCGUCUGGUGAGUGAAGACGACGAGCGUAAAGUUUUAACGAUUUUUUCUCUCCCAUAUAUAUUAUAAUUCCCUUUGAAAUUCUUUGUGUUGUUUUCCACCUUGAAAUAAUCAUGUCGGGCAUUGUCUUGUGUUCUCUUGGCUUUAAUUUUCAUCCUAUGUUUUGUAAAUACCAGUGUCGCUCAUAUUUAGGUUUAGACAUGUAUCCCCCUUGUAAAUAUUUCACGUAAAACUCACAUAUAACGAAUUACUGAGUUAUCUUUCAUACAUCGUUUGGAAUGCUACCAUGUUUCCAUUUUUCGCAAUAAUAAUGACGAUAACGGUGAUGAUAAUGUUGAUAUUGAUAAUUCAGAUCUCUCAGUUAAGCAGAAUAUUGCUGUGUCAUGAAACAUUUUUUUUUUUUUACCCAAGUCUGUUUUCUAUUCUUAUAUAUCUCUCUUGUUCUUUCUUUCUCACUAUUUGUCCAUCUAUCUAUCUG